AUGCUCUUCCUCAGUCGUGUCCGCGCCGGUGUACUCAUCUCUUCUAUACUGCUCUCGGCCGUCGUUCUGACGCUUAGCGCCAUCCUCAUCUACCAUCGAAUGACCUACCCCUUGGAGUUCGAUGUAUACGACAGCGAUAGCAACCCAGGAGGACCAAAGCAAGGAGUGCAGCGAGAUGUAGUGGACAUCGCCAUGUUGAGAUAUGGGAAGCUCAUCGGCAAGCCACCUGGCCCCGACCCCGACAUUAUGGUUUCAGGAAAUCCACAUCAUUUGCAAGGGCCAAUAUAUAUCCCCACUGGCACUGACACCGACACCCUCCUCGCGACGUCCAUCGCCAUCAUCAACAUUGUCACCGUACCCCUCUUGCUGCUUGCGGACUUGUUUAAACGGAAAACUGUCAUGUCUUCCAUCGCCGUCGAGGCAUCGUGGCUGUUUGUCGUAUGGGUUUUAUGGCUCACUUGCGCUGCGUACGCCGCCUGGUGUAGCCAGACUCAGUAUGUGAAUUUCGUUCGUUGCCAAACCCUGCCGGCCCAAUGCUUGAUGUACGAAUUCCUCGAAAUCUGCUCCUUCAUCAGCUGGAUAAUCGUCAUGCUGUACUCGAACACACUCUUUACCCUAGCCGUGAUUAACCAUAUGCGAAAACACCCGAUCUGGUUCACACCCGUGCGCGAAACGCCUCGCCUCCCACCGCUCGUUUUCGCCGCCCCUGGACCGGCUGUGAACAUGGACGAAGUGAAGACCCUUCUAUCUGGCAGCAGUUUCUCUCUCCCAGCACAUGACACUCGGCGGCCGUCAGAUAGAAUGGCUCCGUCAAUUCCGUCCCUCGCGCUACACACAACGCAGGCGCACAGACGUGGCGAUGACGCUGCAAGUGGUAGCGGGCUUACGCCACUAUUGCCCAACAGCGAGCAAAACCCGUUGGAUUCGCCAGAUCAGCGUCGGCGCUCUACUGUGACGCUCCCGCCAGAUUACUCGGAGCGCCCUGGUACACAACCCAGCUUAUCAUAG